AUGGAGGCUCGCACAGAAGUCAGCGAAUCCAGCGACGGGCCGGCGAGGCCCAAACUGCAGCUUCCAGCGAGCUGCGAUCCGCCGCCGCCGACGGGAUCAACGAAGAAGCUGGUUUGGAUUAUCUUCGGCGGCACUGGCCACAUGGGCCGCUCGCUGGUCAAGAGCGCCUUGACGCACGGCGACCUGGUGUGCUCGGUAGGGCGAGUCUUUGAGACGUCGCAGGAGGACAUGGACGGCAUCCAUGAAAACUGCCUGGGCCUGCUGUGCGACGUGCGCUCGCGGGAAUCGGUCAAUCGCGUCUUCCGGCACGUCAUGGACAAGCUGGGGCGCGUCGACGUGGUCGCAAACUGCUCGGGCUACGGCGUCAUCGGCUCGUGUGAGGACCAGGACGAGCACGACCUGCGCAACCAGUUCGAGACCAACUUCAUGGGCACGCUGCACAUCAUCCACGCGACGUUGCCCUACUUCCGGCGCCAGCAGGCCGGCCGCUACCUCAUCUUCAGCUCCACGUCCGGCGCCCUGGGCGUGCCCGGCCUGGGGCCCUACUGCGCCAGCAAGUACGCCGUCGAGGGCCUCAUCGAGGCCAUGCUGUAUGAAACGGAUGCCUUCCACGUCAAGGCCACGCUCAUCGAGCCCGGGCUGGUGCGGCGCGACGAGCCAGACUCAGGCAUCAGUCCCUUGCCCACCUGGGGCCACUUUUUCAUCAAGCCGCCCAGCGAGCAUUAUUCCACCGCAACGUCGCCCGCGCUGCACGCAAAGCGCAUGGUACAGUGGCUGGGCGAUCGCCAGCCCACGAGCGCCGUCAAGUGCGCCGAGCUCGUCUGGCAGCUGGGACACUGCUCGUAUCCGCCGCUGAGGCUGCUGCUGGGCAGCUACGCCAUCGAGAGCAUCCGCGACAGAAUGCGCUCCGUCACCGAGGAGCUGGAGGAUUGGAAGCAUCUCAACUUUGCCAUAGUGCCAGAUUCCGACAAAGAGGGGGGCGAGGAGAUGGGAGGCGAAGCGAGUGCAGAUUUUGUUGCUGCAUGA